AUGAUGUCGUCGCUUGUACCGUGGUUGCUGUUGUGGACUGUCUUGAUACAUGCGGUCGCGGCAUCUAUAUAUCCAAUAAAGAGCAACACUUGGAUACCGCCAUUUCAACGCGCUGAAAAGCUUUUCGCUACAGAUCAAGGUCCAAUCUUUGCGCGCGUUGGCAACUCGUCCGUCACUAUUGAUAUUAAAAGCGUCAAUGUGACGCAGGAAAUGGCCGGAUGGAGGCUUGUGGUUUUCUUUUAUCACGUGGACAGCUACAAAACUUUUGAGACGGUAUCCGACAAGAUCGAACUGCUAGCCUGCUCAAAUGCAAGCGAAUUGAAGUUUGACGGCAUGUCAGAUAUUCAGCGCUUUGUUUUCUUUGUAAAUGAAAAGACCACACCAGUUUUACAGGCCAAUGUUUCGCACCUUGUAACCUCGAGCGGAUGGACCGACACGCAAGUUUUUGUCUGUUCUAACGAUGAAAUCGCUCCAAUAGAAAUGCUGACAUUUUCGGGGUCCAUGGAAGUGCGCAAUCCAUAUGGAUUGCUUCCUGCGGUCUUGUACGGUAUGUUGCCGUUUAGCGGGUUCUUGACCAUUGGAUACUUGGUGCUGGACGUGUUUUUCGUGUUUCUACUUAUUCGCCAUCGUCGUCAAUUACUUUCACUGCACUGGGGUAUUCUGCUGAUUUUAGUAACGGGUACAACUGCGGCAGCUAUCUCUCUUUAUGCUUUUUACCGAAUGAACAAGACAGGAGAACCCGUAUGUUGUCCAUACCCGACUACAUUUCUCGUUGCUAUAAUUCUAGAUACAUUUGUGCGUACUUUGGCGCGUAUAAUCUUAUUGAUAGUAUGCCUAGGAUACGGCAUUGUUCGAAGUCACCUCAGCCGCGUUGAAAUAGGCAUUAUAUCUUUAUUGUCGCUGGCGUACUUUGUCUCGGGUAUCGCUGACGAGGUCACUCGCGGUACCUCAAGUGGCGCUGACUUUCGGGAAAAGCCAACAGCUUGGUCGAUCAUUCAGUUGCUUUGCAACCUUACGUUUAUUAUGUGGAUCCAAUUUUCGAUGGAGCGCAUUCUACGUGUUUUACGAGAUCAAAAGCAGUUUGCAAAGCUUAGCAUGUAUCGCUGGUUAGCCUGGUCUCUCGCCGCCUUCAUCGUGUUUUUCACCAUACUUACGAUCGUUGCCGUCUGCAGUCGGUUUGGCGUGUUCGAGUGGGACGUCGAAUGGGAAUGGACGCAACUCGUUGCGUGGCCUGUCUUAAAUUUUACAGUCUCCGCUGCCAUGUCUUUCAUAUGGCGACCGACACAGAAUAGCUCACAAUUUGCUUACUCCAUGCAGCUGCCAAUGGUCGAUAGCCCAGGAAUCGAGAUGACUCGUAAAACGCGUGGCUUGUCGUCGGAUGACGACAUUAACCCUGAGCUGGAGUCGGACUCGGAUGAAGAAAGAUCUGUUCCUGCCGGUAAGCAAAAGACUAGCAGCAAGGAUAGCGACGACAUGGAAGGAGUCUAG